UUCUGAUGCACUUGAAGUUCUGAAAAUUGAAUCAACAUGAAUGUAAUUUCCACGCAUGUUGAUUGAGGGCGCUCGAGGUCUGAUUACGACCGAUUUGGCUUGACAGCGCGACUUAUCAGUCUUCUGGCUGUGAUUACGUAAACAUGGCUCAACUCCUCAGGAACUUCCGCGGCCUCAGAACCUUCUCCCUGCCCAUCAGCAGACACUUCAGUGCCGCCAAGGAGACGGAGAUUGAGUUGGAGUAUCUCAAGGGAGACAAGGAAGGAAUCGCCGUGGUUGCUCUCAACCGGCCAAGUGCCAAGAAUGCUUUCUCACAAUCCCUGGUGAAUAAGCUGAUCGACUCCGUGGAUGCGCUGUGGCAUGACAAGAACUGCCGCGUCGUUGUCCUCAGGAGUCUCGUUCCUGGAGCCUUCUGCACUGGCGCCGACCUCAAGGAGCGCUCCAAGAUGACCCCCGAGGAGGUGGUGAGGUUCGUGAAGAAGCUCCGCGGGAUGCUGACGCAGAUUGAGCAGCUGCCAAUGCCCGUGAUCGCUGCCGUUGACGGAUUCGCCCUGGGAGGCGGUCUGGAGAUGGCUCUGGCGUGUGACAUUCGCUGUGCUUCCGCCGACGCCAAGAUGGGUCUCGUUGAGACACGCUUAGCCAUUAUUCCCGGCGCCGGAGGAACUCAACGACUCCCCAGAACUGUCAGUCCGAGUCUGGCCAAGGAACUUAUCUUCACAGCGAAGGUAUUCAAUGGCACGGAGGCCAAGGAAAUGGGAAUCUGCACUCACACUGUGCCUCAGAAUGACACCAAAGACGCCGCAUACCAGAGAGCCUUGCAGAUUGCCACAGAAAUCCUCCCCAACGGACCAGUUGGCGUGCGAAUGGCCAAGAAAGCCAUCAACAAUGGUAUCCAGGUGGAUAUCAACACGGGAUUUGCCAUCGAAGAGGCUUGCUAUGCCCAAGUAAUGCCCACAACUGAUCGUCUUGAGGGCCUGAAGGCGUUCGCCGAGAAGAGAAAGCCAGUCUACAAGGGUGAAUAGGAGUCUUCUGUACACAGUAACAACACGAAUUUAUGUGAUAAAGUGCAUUUACAAUCAGAGA